AUGAUCAAAUUGAUCGUAAUGUUAAUAUGCUGGCCAAAAAUUUUUGUUGACGGCCAAUCGAAUGUGGCUCUUGGCAAGAUGGUUCGAGCAAGUUCGUACACGAAUCCAUACACUGGCUUCCUGGUGGUCGAUGGACUGGCCAGCUCUCCUUUCUGCUUCGUCUCACAAACGUCUGGAUAUCAGUGGAUUCAGAUCGACCUCCUCUGGCUGCAUCUCGUUGAAUAUGUUCACGUUAUUGCUAAACAACCAUCCAGUGUCUUUAACACGAGAUUGGCAAACUCAAUGUUGACAACGUGCAACAACCUGACCAGUCAACUGGGCAACAGCAACGCUUCAUUCCAGUGUCCAAACACGGCAGAACAUGCGAGCAGAUACGUCAGAGUUGACCAGAGCAGCACAUGCGUCAACAUGAUGAACGUUUGCGAAAUCGUCGUAGAGGGCCAAUGGGCUGAAAUCAAACCUAGAAAAGAAAAUGUUCUUCUGCGCAAAAACGGAUCAAUGAGCUCGAGUAUAUACGCGAGCACCAUCCUGACCGGGAGAAGUUAUUUUUUGACGAGCGAUUAUGCAGUGAACGGAGUGAGAAAUCCUUCAAUAAAACACGGAGACAGCGCUCACACAAACGAAGGAUCGACUGGAGCAAACUGGAUUCAAGUGGACAUGGGCAGAAAUUAUUACAUUGAUUACAUUGCUUUUUUGAGCCUCGAUACAACCGGUGUGAAUGUUGCCAGUCGGGUUACAAACUUCAUCAUUGGACUGACGUCAAACAGAUCAGCCGAUGUUGCACCAGCAAGAGGGCAGUACCCCCUGUGCAACACUUAUCCUGGGAAUGUCCCGAUAGCCACCCGAGUGAGUCUUCAAUGCAGUGCAAACCUGCCCGCCUACCGCUACUUAAUCGCCCAACAAGCCUACGGGAUGUCUGAUGGAUACUUUUCCACGAGUGAACUAGAAGCAUAUGAACCACAAAAUGAUAAAAAAGAUAAAAUUUGGUGUUCACUGCAAAACUUUCAACUGUUCGGCUAUUCGUUCAACGAGUUUCAAGCUUUCAAACCGCUAUGUUGCAUCAUCAAAUGUUUGAAACUGGGUGAAGCCGAAUGCGAUUCCAUCAAUUUCAACUACCAGCUGAAGAUCUGCCAACUGAACAAGCACAGGAAUGGAUACACACGAACUAAUCUGAUACGUAGCAUUACGUGGUCGUUUUGGAAUGCUACCUAUCUUCACAUCGGCAAUCGUUGA